AUGAUAUAUAAAACAUGUACAGAACAUUUUUUCGCACAAUGUUUACCUGUCUUCAAGAUUGAAAUUUUGUUCACAAAGGUCGGUUUGGGAUUCCUUGUGGAUGAUUCAAAUCAUGGCGUGAGAAUUUUUUAUAUUUCAUUUCUCUUGUGCGCUGUCGAGAGUGGAGAAGUGAGAUCGAGUGAGUAUCUAAGCGUGAGUCCAAAUGUACGGUACACGUUUUCAGGCGGUAUUAUUUGA